UAUUGGUUUUGUGAGGAAAGAAAAGAUGACAGUCUUCAUUUGUUUGCCAAGGGCAAUCCUGGAAGACCCAGGGUGGAUCUGAGUCACAACACUUUAUCCACACUGAGCUGCCACUUGUUAUGUUUUCCAUUCGCCCUGGACCUGCCUCCACACACCAUGUCCACAGUUCUCCAGUUGUAUGACCGCUGUGGUAUUGUUUCAAGCCUCCUGCAGGUAAUUGAAACCAUUCCUCUUCAGCUACUGGAAUUGCCUCUCUCCCUUCUGAGCCGCUUGCUCCUGUGUGAUCCCCACCACUCGAUUGACCACCUCACAAAAGCAGCUUCUUCCUUUUUCUCGCCAUCCUGGGAUGACCAGCUCCCUGCCUCCAGCCAUCAGAGUCCUCCAACCAGGACUGCCAGCUCUCUGCUCCCCGAACUCCUGCAGCUGAAAAUUCUGUGGGAAGCUGCUGUGGAGCUCCUCACUCUUUUAUCUCAGAUAGCCCGUUGUCCCUCCUGCCCCCUGCAACUUUAUGUAGAAACCUCAGUGCUGCAGCAUGCACUGGCCCACUCAUAUGAGCAGAUCAGGGCUGCCACGUGUAGAUUUUUAGGAAAUUUGGAUCCAUUCAGGCCUCUCACACAAUGUGCCCUCCAACCUGACAUUUUCAAAGCCAUGAUAAACUGUCUUAAUGAUUCCUGCAUGACUGUCCGGCAGGUGGCUUGCAGGGCGGUUGGGAACUGGUUGGGCUAUGUUGCAGCUGGGCUACAUAUGGACAGACCCAGUGAGAAGGGGAUAUCUAGAGAGAGUUGGUGCAUAGAAAAUCAACAAAAUAAACAGAGGUACUCAGAUACUGAGGCAGCAAGUGAUCUGGAAACAAUAAGAGAGCAGAGAAUGGAGGAGGAGGUGAAGAGGAGGUGGACACAUGAAGCUAGGAGGACGGUGCCCAUGCUGGUAUCUCUAAUCUGUGAUCCUGAUGCCCUCACACAUCGUCACUGCUGCGCUGCCCUGGGAAACCUGCUAAAUGUUGAUGGAGCCGUAUCCUUGUUACUGGAGGAAAAUGUGCCCGGCCUACUUCUAAGAACUGCAUGCACAGAUUCCCAUAGUGCAGUGAGAAAAGCUGCCAUAGGAUCUUUAUACCUGUACAGCCAGCAGGAUGCCAUGCGUCAGGUCCUGAUGUCUCUUGCUGCCAGUAAGAAGCUUGUUCAGGCUUCACAACAUGCUCUUCCACAGUGUGACUAUCAGCGGCUCAUUGGACAGCUGACUCCACCAGAAGAGUCAGCAGCUUAAAAACCUGCUCCCUGUUUAACUUUACAACAACAUAUUUGUCUGAAGCCAUGUGUUAGAGAACGACGGUUUCCCUGUUUAUGAAUCAAAACAAAACAAAACUGUUUUUACUGUUUAACGUCUCAGUUCGUGACAGCAAGCUGUUUUAAUUCCAUGAGAAAAAGAAACGAUGUAACUUCUUAAAAAUCACGGUAGGUUUUCUUUUUCAUAACAAUAAUUCAGUCUUUAUAAAAGUGGCGAAUGAGGAGUUUCAUUAAUUUCUGAGUUAUGAGUAUUUCUACAGGCAUUUCUACUGUCGAUUUUUGAAAAGCUUUUCUUUAGGUGUAGCGAAUGUUACUGGUGGAUUUUUAAAGGCACAUUUUUCCAUAUGCAGAUCAACAUGUGAAUUUAGAGGCUUUUGCAUUUCAAAGCCCUUUGAGGUCUUCUAGAAGUCUGUGAAUUUGGGCUAAA